AUGUUCUACCAGCUCUCGCAGAAGCUCUCCAAGGGCCCCAUGAUGGCCGUCGGCAUCUCGUCCAUCCUGGGCGUGGCCUACACCACCUUCGCCUUCUUCCGCUACACUGGCCCGGACCUUGGCGGCGACGUGCCCGGCUCGCCCAAGACCACCUCGGCCGAGUGGCAGGCGGCCUCCGUGGAGUACGGCAAGGCGCAGAAGGCCAACCCCAUCCGCCACUUCAAGGACUAA